CGCGAUGGCUCUUGUGCCACACAGCCAAAAGGUGCUGGACCUGUCAUUAGCCCAGACACUGUUGACGCAUUCAUGGCCAACACUGAUCUCUCAAACUCCGCUCUCAAUGCUAUCACGCCCUAUGGCUAUAGCAGAGCGUUUGUCAAUCUUCAGGGAGCUACAGCUGGAAGUAAUUUUCUCAUGCUCUACACCUUGACGAGUUACGAUACUUUGACCUGUCAGUCGAAGUGUGAUCAAGAUGAUCGCUGCGUUGCUUUCAACGUGUAUGUCGAAAGGGAUCCAUCAUUGGACCCUAACGCACAGGACUGUCCCAAUCCUCCAAGUACUGUCAACUAUAGGUGUACCACAUUUGGAGUCCCGAUCUCUCAAGAAGGCGCCACUAACACCGGACAAUGGCGUGACUCUUUCCAGGUUGUUAUGACAGGAUCUAAUGGUUACAACAAAAAUGCAGCCCCUGCUGCGAUCAAGGGCUUCGGCCCUCCGAUAGCUUUCGGCGGUGCUAUUAACGCGCCUCUGGAUGCGCAGGGUCACGACACCUAUGUGGGCUUCAAGUUUUACCCAUUCUCGCAGAAUCAGGGUUAUACUCCAGGCACUUGUGCAGGCGCAUGCAAUGCUCAGACAGCCUACAACAAGGCUCAUCCAGCCUCGGACGGCUCGUAUAAGAGCUGCAGCUUUUUCAACUCUUACGUCCUGUCGAAGAACGGUAUUGCACAAGGGCUUUACUGCUCUAUGUAUACGCAAGCUUGGGCCGCCUCUUACGCAACCAACUAUGGUCAAUAUCGUGGAUCAAAUAGAUAUACAGUGAGCGAGAGUUAUGGCUAUUCU